AUGGCAGCGUUUUCUUUGAAUAUCCAAAAACACGUGGAGCCUGGACUUGUAAGUUCCGGGAAAUUCGAUGGCUCUCAUGCUUGUCUAGUGGCUGUAACUUAUGGUGGAAAUAUUUUGGUGCAUAGCCCUCACAGGCAACCACAAAUAACCGGUCAUGAUCACGAACAGUCCGAUAGAAAAUUAUCUUGGAGCGGAGAGCUUGCGGAACUUCAGAUAGGGUCUGAGAUUACAGCAUUAUGUACCGGUCGACUUAAUGAGGAUGAUAGAGACAUCCUCCUAAUUGGAACUUCAACUCACGUUCUAGCCUACCAUAUAGAAGACAACUCUGAUAUUUUUUAUAAAGAGAUGUCUGAUGGUGCAAGAUGUAUAAUUAUUGGCAAACUGAGUUGGCUACCUAAUCAAGUUGCAAUCGUUGGUGGCAAUUCUUCUGUGACAGUCUUAGACUUACAAGGUACAGAAAUAUUUUGGACAGUGGUAGGAGGUGUUGUCACUUCUCUAACCGUUUUUGACUUUGAUGGAGAUGACGAGAACGAGUUGGUAAUCGGAACGAAGGAUUUUGAGAUAAAGGCGUACAAGAAGGACAAUCUGAUCUGGGAUGCCAAAGAAACUGCCCCAAUUACCACCUUAACCGGUCUCCCUAACAGAAGAUUCGUUUACUCAGUAGGAAAUGGAACUCUUGGUGUCUAUGAGAUGGCUCAAAGACUAUGGCGCGUUAAGUCGAAACAUCGGGUGGUGGUAACAAGGAGCUUCGAUCUGAACGGGGACGGGAUUCCAGAAGUUAUAACUGGCUGGAAUAAUGGAAAGGUAGAUGCAAGGUUGGCCAAUUGCGGGGAAGUAAUUUUUAAAAUUCAAUUAUCCGUCGGAGUGGCUGGUAUCGUGGAAGCCGACUACAGGAGGAUCGGCAAAUCUGAUUUAGUCAUAAUGUCUUCUUCUGGAGAAGUGCGUGGCUAUGGUUCUGGUACCACGAUGGAUACUCCGGAACCUGGUGAAGCUAUGCGCGAUUUAUUGGCCAAAAAGCAGAUGCUUCAAAUGGAACUCAGACAAAGAGCUGCCUCUGUUCCGAACAUGUAUCAUGGAACGAAGUUAGCAGUUAGUCUGAUGACAUCCGAGGGUGCGGCUCGCAUUGCCCUUGCUUCUGGACCUGGACUUCUGAUACAUUGCGCGAUAGUUUUCACCGAAGGAGUGUUCGAGGGUGAAACUCAGGUGAUUCAUCCUAGUAGACCUAGAGGGGAACUCGAAAUUGAGCUUCGACCACCGAAAAACGCCCCUGUGGACAUACACGUGAAAGUGUGCGUUGGUCCAGCUGGUGCAGAUUUGUUACAGGUGUUCGAAAUGACACGUCAGUUGCCGAGGUUUUGCAUGUAUCAAGUCAUCAAACGGCCCAUACGGAUUACAGAGGAUUUCACGAAAAAUAGCGUCACAGCUGAGCUUGCAGAAAGACCUCAAAGAAUCGCGCUCUGGCUGAAUCAAAGUCUCAUACUCCCUGAAGAAUACGAAAUUAAAGAGGAGAAGCCGAACAACGGCAGCAUUGAAAUGUGGCUUUGCGGGAUGAGAGACAACAAGAUUCAUUGUUUCAUGGCAGAUGCAACCGGGAAAGUAACUAUUCAAACAGAGGAUCCCACAUUUGCUGGUGAUAUUAUUCAGUCGCUAGCCUUAUAUUUAGGCCUCAGGGAACUUACUUCUGAGGUUUCGUUCCCGGUGGAAGAGAAGAAGCUGCUGGAUGCAUUGGAACGCGUGAAAGAGCUAAAGGAAAUCGAUGUUAAGCUGCAAGCGGAGACAGCCAACGAGACUACUUUAUUGAAAAAUAUUAUAAUUCGCUUGGAAGAUGCAAGAAUUCUCGAGAAUAUCGAUGAAAUGAAGAAGAGACUCGUACAACUGAAGAAUGUCAACGUUGAUCUAAUCAGGGAACACGAGAUCAGGAUGAAGAGCUAUCGAGAACUUACAGUGAAUUUAAAGGAGCUUAAUCUUGGCGUGCAACGUGCAGCUAGAUUAAGAGUUGGAAAAAGUGCCUCGAACACAGUAGCUCGUUGCAGAGCAGCUAUUCAGGACGAAAAUCCAAAAGCUCUUGCACUCGCAAUAAGACAUGGAUGA